CUUCAGUCUGUCAGAUCCAACAUGGCGGCCUCCACAGCUUCACGUGAGCUUUUCUCGGAGGGAGUCCGAGCGGUUCUGCACAGCUGGCCCGUCCUCCAGAUCGCUGUGGAUAACGGGUUUGGCGGUGUGUACGGGCAGCAGAAAGCCGAUUGGAUGGUUGACGUGGUCCAACAGUAUUUCCAUGACAACGCUGACCUGCAGCAGUCUGAGGUCGAGGACUUCAUCGCUCAGCUGAUGGAUCAGGAGUUUGACACAGUGGUGGAUGAUGGGAGUUUACCUGAGGUAACGCUCAGUCUGCAGCAGAUGUUCAGUCAGUGGCAGCAGGGGGCGCUGCAGCAGCUCCAACACACCAUCAACACUCUAACCCAGAAGAAGAUUCAGAGGGCAAAGGUCACAGCUCCGCCCCCACAGUCUGAUGAAGACAGCGAUGAAGACGACACAGGGGGGAUGGAGUGUGAGUCAUCUGGCCCGUCAGUCAGCAGGACAGAAGCUCCGCCCCCUCAUGAAGAAGAUGACGGCUGGACGGUGGUGCGUAAGAAGAAGUGAACAGAGGGAGCUGACCUAUGACCUCAGCAAAGGACUGUUUGACAUAAACUGUGUGUGUGCGUGUGUGUGCGUGUGUGUGUGUGUGCUUAAAUCAAGCCGUUCCCCGGUUUUUGAAAUGUUUUUAUAUU